AACCAAUCCAAGCUCCUACUUUAUGUUCUAGUAGGGUCAUUCUUGCCUAUCGUCGGCGUCUUGAUAGGGACGGAUAUCUAUUUGUACAGUCGACCUCACGCAUUCUCAGUCAAAGAAUUGGAAACUCCGAGCAACAAGUACUGCACAUUUUCCUUCAACAUUGGGCCUAUGGUUGCGAUCUAUACAUCCAUCCCCAUUGUAUGCUAUGAUCUCUUUCUAGUUGUUCUCGCCGCUGCCACCCUCGCGAGACAUUUCAAAGAACGAAGGGAAUACAAAAUGAGGCCUAAUGCCUAUAUGGUAAUGAUUGUCCGAUAUCAUACCAUGUACUUUAUCCUAAAUUUGACAAACCAAGUCUUGAUGGUGAUAUUAUGGGCUCAUAUUCCGACCCCGGCAAUGGAUCUCUCAGAGCUUUUCAGUGAUACAAUGCCAUUUAUUCUCGCGCCCCGUCUUAUUAUCAGCAUUUGGGACACGCAUGCCCAAGAUCACUGCGUGUAUGUCAGUACGACGUUCGCAGAUUGUGUGUGUUGGACUUCGCCGCCGAUGAUCGAGCAGCAUGAGAUGGACUCUGACGUCCCAUUAACCCGGCGUGCUGGGGUGUCUUGUGAGAGUGCACACCGCGACCAAAGUUGAAAAAGUAGGGUGGAUGAAGUGAAACUCGAGCGCUGUGGGAAUGUA